GUUAUCUAUUCACUCAAUAUUGGUUAUUGGGUCGGUUUCGUUGAGUUUCCUCGCUUUGCAAACCUGGUUAAGCUUUCUUUCGAGAGUAAAACGAAACAAGGCUGGAAAGUGCUUACAAUCAUGCUCAAAAACUCUCCCAAGCUAGAAACUCUUGUUCUCAAGGGCCUUCGCUUUAUCAACGGUCCUCGCGGUGUCUGCGUCAAGAUGCAUACUGUGAAGGUGCUAGAGAUAUACGGUUAUAGAGGAAGCCGUAAAGAACUAAGGCAACUAGAGCGUUUCUUGUGUCGAACGGAUUCUCCUCUUCGAGUGAUGAAAGUGCAAUUUGACGCUCGGAUUGAAGAUGAUGACAUGAAACUACAACUCACCAAGGACGACCUACUUGCUCUUGUUCCCAAAUGUCAAUCCAGCUGCCAAAUUCAGUUCCUAUGA